AUGUCCCACAACGAACAGUCGGGCGCCGACGUGGCAGAGGACUACAAGCAGGCUUUGGAGGAUCUGAACUCAACCAACAGGGCCGACAUCAGCACGUUGACGACUAUUGCACGAGAGAAUACCGAGCACGCCCAAAUCAUCACAGAUAUUCUUCAGAGGCAUAUCAUGAAAGCACCGGCGCACAAGAAGCUGCCUGCUAUAUAUGUUCUCGACUCGAUCGUAAAAAACGUCGGCACACCCUACACUCUAUUUUUUGGAGCUCAGCUUUUCCAGACCUUUAUGGAGGCCUAUGCUGCCGUGGACGGCCAUGUCCGUCGCAAGAUGGAGGAGACGCUGCAGACGUGGAAGCAACCUGUGCCUCAGUCGCUCGACGACAGGCCUGUGUUCCCGCCAGAAGUCACGAAGCCGAUUGAGGAAUCGUUGAACAAAGCGCGGAAUUCAGCUUUGGCUCUCCAGGCGCAAGGUCGUGGACACCCCGUGGGUAGAGCCCGUGGCGCAGGAAUUCAUAGGGCAACGCCGACACCACCCGGGAUGAGGCCAGGAUCGAGCCAACCUGGAUAUCCUGGCCCGCCACCUCAUGCACAGCAGCAACAGCUCAACGGUAGCCGGCCACCUAGCGUUCAACAACAGCAGGCACCGGCACCCUAUCCCGCAUAUGGCGGCCUCCAGCCUACUGCUGCUGUCCCUACACCGUUUCAGGCGUCGCCGUCGCAGCAUCAUUCCGUGAACAUUGCCGUGUUGAAACAUGACAUCCAGGAGCUCAUCACCGCCUCCACGUUGGAAGCGGCGCAGUAUCCGCACGAUGGGGUUAUUAAGGCGAGGCUGCAGGGGUUGCAUGAUUUACAAAGGUUGCUUCAAACCCAGGACAUGCCGCAGGAUCAUUUGAUCCUCAUUAAAAAUCAAGUAGCCGAUCUCGCUUUAAAAGUGAGGCCACAGUCGGUCCCAAGCUCUGCCCCUAUUGCUGCUGCUACGCCCGUAUCAUAUCACCCACCGCCGCCUGCACCCGUGGCGCAUAUAGCGCCGCAGCCAGCUUCAGUCACACUUGAUUCUCUGCUUGGCCAGGGCGCGCUGGCGAGUCUUUUGGCUCGGCAGUCUGCGACGCCGCAGGCGCAAACGCCGGCGCCAGCUCCGCCGCCUUACGCCGGCAUGCCGAUUCGAUCGCCUCAGCCGCCCGUGGCCGAGCCGCAACGACAGUCUAGCGCGGCACCGACCCCGGAUCCGAUGGCGUUGCUCCGCCGGUCUGCGCAUGGCCGGCCUCCUGGGCGGCAAGCCUACAACUACACCGCCGGUACCGACACCAAUACCAACCUGCCCCACCCUGGGCUGUCUCUGGCAUCGCUCGGAGGUGUCCCCUCCUCCACCCCCACCCGGAGGGGUACCGCCGCCAGGGGCAGGUAUCAUACCUCCAAACAUCGCGAGUUUCGCGCUCAUCUACUUCCGUCCCUUUUUGAUGCUCUCGGCCCGCAGUGCACGCAGUGCGGUCGACGGUUCACGAAGGACGAGGACGGGCGCAAGAAGAAGACGGCGCACAUGGACUGGCACUUUCAGGUCCACCACCGCCUAGCGGAAGCAGAGCGCCGCGGGCAGCAUCGCAGUUGGUACGUAGACCACUCGGACUGGGUGGCUUCGCGCGAGGUUGUGGACGCCGACCAUGCCAAGGAGGCAGCCGAGGCGGCGGCACGACAAGACAGCGGGGCCCACGGUAGCGGCGGUGCCGACGGGAAGGGCUCGUCGCAGGUUCCGUACAUUGCGGUGCCUGAUGCCUCGGCGGGAGUCAACACGACGUGCCCGAUCUGCCAGGAGGAAUUCGAGAAUAAGUGGCUCGACACGGCGCAGGAGUGGGUUUGGCUGGAUGCCAAGCUCGUGGGGAACAGGGCUUAUCAUGCGAGCUGCCAUGCUGAAGCGACAAUGGUGCGGGACGCCACGCCGGCGAGGGGGACGCCGGAGCCUGUCUUAGGGAAGCGCAAGGCGGAGGACGAACUAAAGAAUGCGAGGCGGCUCAAGAUGGAAUCUGCAUGA